GUUACUGUCUCAACAGGAACGAGAUGGACAAGAUGGGUACAAGCUAAUGAGCUUCUUUAUUUCCACAAAUCCAACAUUGACGGGCUCAUGAUGAAACAGCUUUAUAAAAACACAGCGCUCUAAUUAUUAAGAGAUGUUCUUCACUGUUUCCUGAAGCUGAGAGUGUAGCUGCCAGCUGCACAAAGACUGUUUCUAUAAAGUGGGGCAAUUACAACUUGCGAGGACAGUCUGGUGCUUCUGACUCACAGCCUAGAGGUCUGGCUCUGUACUUCUCCUCCUCUUUCCCACUGAGGGACGUCUGGAGACCGGGGUGACCGGUGUAGGACACACAGACUGGAUGUUUGCUGGCAGGCUGCUGGUGCUGGGCUCUGGCUCUACAGGAAAGAAACUCCUGCUGAAGCACACUGUUAUAAAGAUGGCGUUUAUUAAAGAGGAGAGAGAAGACCUGAAGAUUGAAGAAGCUUUUACUGUCAAACAAGAAGAUACUGAGCAACAACAAACAGAGAUGAUGUUUAUUAAAGAGGAGAGAGAAGACGUGAAGAUUGAAGAAGAUUUCAGAGUCAAACAUGAAGAUACUGAGACACAACAAACAGACCUGACGCCACUGAAAGAGGAGAGUCAAGACCUGAAUGAAAUGGAACAGAAAAAUCAGGAUGAGAAAUAUCAUGAUUUCAUGGCUGGGGAAAAAUCUUUUUGUUACUCACAGACUUAUAAAUCUGAAACUACAAACCUUAAAGUGCAGACGAGUGUUCACACUGGAGAGCGCCCUUACAGCUGUCAACACUGUGGAAAGAGUUUCAUUCAAAAAAGAAGUCUUAAAAUCCACUUAAAAAUCCACACUGGAGAGAAUUUGUUCAUGUGCUCUCAGUGUGGAAAGAGUUUUACAUUGAAAACAACCCUUAAAUCCCACUUGAGGAUUCACACUGGAGAGAGCCCUUUCACCUGCCAACAGUGUGGGAAGAGUUUCUCAGUAAAAGGAAGUCUUAAAAUUCACAUGAGAAUUCACUCUGGAGAGAAGCCGUUCAUCUGCUCUCAGUGUGGAAAGAGUUUCAAACAGAAAAAAGAACUUGAUGUCCACAUGAGAGUUCACACUGGAGAGAAGCCUUUUGAUUGUGAUCAGUGUGGAAAGAGUUUCAGAUAUAAAGCACACCUUAAUGAUCACAUUAACAUUCACUCAGGAGAGAAAUGUUUUGAAUGUGAUCAGUGUGGAAAGAGUUUCCCAUGCAAAGUAAACCUCGAGAAUCACAUGAGAGUUCACACUGGAGAGAACCCGUAUAAUUGUGAUCAGUGUGAAAAGAGUUUCAGAUAUGAAGCACAGCUUAAUGAUCACAUGAGGAGUCACUCGGGAGAGGACUGUUUUAUAUGUCAUCAGUGUGGAAAGAGUUUCCCACGCAGAAUAAACCUCAAGAUUCACAUGAGAGUUCACACUGGAGAGAAGCCUUUCACCUGCCCUCAGUGUGGAAAGUGUUUCUCAGUUAGAGGAAACCUUAAUACUCACAUGAGAGUUCACACUGGAGAGAAACCGUAUAAUUGUGAUCAGUGUGGAAAGAGUUUCAGAUAUAAAGUACCGCUUAAUGAUCACAUGAGGAUUCACACAGAGGAGAACAGUUUUGUAUGUCAUCAGUGUGGAAAGAGUUUCUCACGCGGAAUUAACCUCGAGAUUCACAUGAGAGUUCACACUGGAGAGAAGCCUUUCACUUGCCCUCAGUGUGGAAAGAGCUUCACGGUUAAAGGAAGCCUUGAUAUUCACAUGAGAAGUCACACUGGAGAGAGGCCUUACAAGUGUCUUCAGUGUGAAAAGAGUUUCAAAAGUAACCCAAACCUGAAACGGCAUUUGCGAACUCAUUCUGGAAAUAAACUGCCAUUGUCCUCAGUGUUACAAAAGGUUUAGAAAAAGGAGAAAUUUCAGCAAUCAUCUGUGCAUUCACUCUAGAGCAGGGAUCUCCAACACGUCGCUCGUGAGCUACCAGUAGCUCAUGGCCUGAUUGGAUGUAGCUCGCCAAGACAUAUAUUGGCCGUGAGAUUAUUUUAAUGAUCCCGUUACAUAUUUUAAUUAUCAUUAAACCCGUAUUUGAUUAUCGCGAUUUGAAGAAUCUCACGCAGACGCAACACGUAGAGUAGUUUUGUGUGAAAGCAUGACUGAAGGCAGACUGCUGAGGGAAAUUAUAAGUAAGGAAUAAUUGACGACGGGCCGUUGGAUUAUUAGAAAAAUAAUGCACACCCGAGGUGGUGAUGCGGUCACACCUCAAGACAUCGAUCAGAUGAUAUAUUUCAAGGCAUUCGUCCGGUAUUUCUACUUAAAUCGCUAUUGUGAGUAGGAUUAUUUCUUCCGCAUUUCAUCCAGCGCCUCCGUUGCUAAUUCCAAAAUGUCAUUUUAAACCUAGUAACGGAGGCUUGAGCCAUUAACAGAUUAAUGCAGUUAAUACAGUUAAUAACUAAGUUAUGAGAGAGAGAGAGAAAAUUGCCUCUGUACGUCUCUCAAUAGUGUUCGGCAGUAAUGUCUCUAGUUAUAGUGAAACUUAGUUCAUUUUCUUCACAAACAGCGCCGUUGUUGUUACCUCGCUUGUGAGAAGUCAUGUAGUUUUUAAGUUGUUUACUGAUAAAAUCGUCAGAGUAGCGCUAACAACAUUAGCGCAGUGUGUGCAAACUGUAACUGUUAUGUGUGUGCGGUCUGUGAGGGAGAGAGAGAGCGGGAGAGAUAGAGUAUGUGUGCUUUCCGUACUUUUGUGGCAAAAACAUGGACAUGAUCUGUCGUUUUUAUCCUUUUGAUUACUAUAUUUAUUUAUUUGGCCAGUGUGGUUGUGGGUUUUGGUUAUUUUGCUGUUGUAAAACCUUUGAAAUAACAGAAAUCAUUUGGCGAAGUGAUAUGGUCAUGUAAUGCGGUCAAGAGCUGCCUGGAACUACGUUCACCGUGCGUUUCUCUGAAAAUAAUUGCACACCUCAGAACGUUCGUCAGCCAAUCAGAUUCAAGCAUUCAACGGCCCCGUAGUAUAAGAAAGAAUAUUUGAUUUCAUUGUGUGAAUUUCAUUUCAUUUGUGCGAAUGCAUAAUAGGAAACCGACUGUCUUCAGAAAAUUUUCGAUUGCAUUUGCUUUCCAUCUUCCCUCCGUAUAACGCGUAAUAAAGCAGUGUUUAGAAGCGCAGCGCAGCUUUGUUUGCAGAGGUUACCGUGGAAACAGCUCUUUUCUGCAGUUCAUAAGCGCCAUCUGCUGUCAAACUGGAUUUACAAAUUCAUUCAGUCUGUCUGCCAUAUUUUUGUUCAGAGUCAGACCAAUGUGAAAAUCAGCCCAGAUUUUUGUUGUAAAUCUUAACCGGUCAAUGGAAAAUAGCCUACCUCGUUAUCAGAAGUGUUGAGAUUUUUAUAAUGCACAUUAGCUUAUGAAGAACUGUUUAUGGAGCAAAUAAAAUUUUAUUUAUCAUUCUGACUCAUCCUUUUAUUAAAAAAAAAAAGAUUUAAAGGCUGAUAUGUUACAAUUUUAUUUUAAAAAUGGUCAAAACUUUAUUUGAACAUGUAGUACAUGUCAGUAGAUAACAUGUUAUGAAUAUUUUUUUUGUUUGUUUAAAAUCCGUACAUGAUUUUUAAAAAUGUUUUAUUUCACUGUUUAUGCAAACAAAAAGUGCAUAGUGCUGCUAAUUUUAUUUGUUGGCUUUUGUCAUAAAACUUUUAAUAAAAAUAUUUCGGUGUGUGUAUUUUUAUAUUUCCAGCGCAUUUUAACAACUCCAUGUAUAACAGUUUGGAUUUAUACAUUAUUUAAGAGGUUUAAGUACUGUUUAACAUUGGUAGCUCUCAGCUGCUUUCAUUUUUAAAAAGUAGCUCCCGAAUGAAAUAAGGUUGGAGACCCCUGCUCAAGAGAAAGACAGUUCGAUUUUAACAUACAUUAAAGUCGUGUAAAAAUCAUGUAAAUGUUGUACCCUUAUAAAAAAGUUGUUUCAUAUGUGAUUAGUGUACUUAUUUUAAACUAAAAGUAAGGAAUUAUACUUUUAGUGUGCACAAGUGAAGAAGCAUCAGACUGAAGCAAUAGAAGCACUGCAUACGCACAUGUAAUCAUUAAACAGCUUAAAAAUCAAAACUGCUUAGCGUUACUGAAUGAAAUGUCAAACCCAUGAAGAGAAAACUACUGUGAAUCUUUGAGAGUGUUGAUAAACUCCUACGAUCCGGAUGUAAUCUUUGACAAAAACAUGAUUUUUGUUCAAAAUGUUUAGUUAAAUAUAUCCACAUUCAAGUGUAGUUUAAAAAAAUUGUGACAUUAGCAUACAUUUUUUUUAUUGCUUAAAAGCAGAGGCUCUGUUCUUUCUUUUGAUAUAAUGUAUAUUGUGACGACCUGGAGUCUUUUCUGGAUCCUAUUGGGCAGAGUGUGGCAGUUUCUGAUUAGUCUUCCCCAUCUUAAUUGUUAAUUAGCUAGGGUAUAUAGGAGUGUUGUGUUAAAUGGAGUAGUUUCUCAGGAGUGGCUCUGCUUCAAUAUGUAAGAUCUUGUUGACUCACAAUCAUUUGGUUUUUCUUUGCGUUUCUUAUAUCAUGUAGUUAAAAGUUUUGUUAUAUUUCUUUCUUUUAUUUGCUUUGUUAUUCUUAGACUUUUGUUUAUUAUCAUUACUGACUGUUGUAUUAAUUUAACUGAAAAUUGAGUGUUUAAUCUUGUACAUUACUGACACUCUAUCCUCCAAUUUGAUACUGUUAAGUGCUUUGACAAUCUGUAUUGUUAAAAGCGCUAUAUAAAUAAAGGUGACUUGACUUGACUUGACUUUAAUUCAAUAAAACAAUUUG